AGUUUUUGAACAUCAUAGUUUUGUUUCAAGAGCGAAAUACCAUUUGGGUAAUAGUAGAGAAAUUCAUUUGUAGCUAGCAGAUACUGCAUCUACAAUGGCUGCUGCUCUCAACAUCUUCGCUGCUGCGGUUGUCGUAUUAAGUCUUAUCGGAGGAGGAUUUUGUCAAUGUGAAUUGUCGAAUAUAGUGAUUUCGCAGAGACUUACUGGGUUUCAAAUUCAUGGACAAACUGAGUACGAGGUGUCAAUAGUCAAUGACUGUCAAUGUACUCAGUCAGACGUGGUGAUACAUUGUCCUGGGUUCACAAGUACUUUCUAUGAAAACCCCAGCAUCUGGCAGCCAAUCGAUGGUGAUCUUUGUAGCUUUAAUAGUGGUAAACCAGUUUUCUUCGGCGAGACAAUCAAGUUCAUGUAUGCAUCGGAUCCUCCCUGCGCUCUAACUCCCGCAAGCUCUAGAAUUAGUUGUUCUUAAUUCAAUUUAAUGUCACUUUAGCACGACGUAUUUUGCAGAUGCAAUCUCAGAUGAGUUUUGCGGUUUACUUUAAAUUUUACGUUUAUUCAAAACAAUGUGUCUCUGCCGUGAUGAGUAAAAAUAAAAGAUUGG